GAGUGGGUGGUGCCAGCGCAAUUAUCAUCCACUCUGGUACACAUCAGCUGAUUUCUACCUGCAUUUGGGACGAGAGCGCCAUCUUAAAAUAAAACACACAGGCCAAUGGUCGGUUGCGGGUUAUCUGCCGCCAGUUAAACAGACGCCCUCAGGGUGGCGGACUGUGAUUUGGGCUCUGAUGAGAUUUCUCCUCCCUGCCAGAUUGUUGUCAUGGCGGCAGCCGCUAGCAAGAGCUACUGUUUCAAAGUGGUGCUGCUGGGGGAAGGCUGUGUGGGUAAGACCUCGCUGGCGCUGAGAUAUUGUGAGAACAGGUUCAGCGACAGACACAUCACCACCUUACAGGCAUCUUUUUUGACCAAGAGGUUGAAUAUCUGUGGGAAGAGAGUGAAUCUUGCCAUAUGGGACACUGCGGGACAAGAACGGUUCCAUGCUUUGGGUCCCAUUUACUACCGAGACUCUAACGGUGCCAUCUUGGUAUACGACAUCACCGAUGAAGACUCGUUCCAGAAGGUAAAGAACUGGGUGAAAGAGCUACGGAAGAUGCUUGGCAGUGAAAUAUGCCUGAGUAUUGUGGGAAAUAAAACCGACCUGGAAAAGGAUCGUCAUGUGUUAAUUGAAGAAGCAGAGACGUAUGCAGCAUCAGUAGGAGCAAAACACUUCCACACCUCGGCCAAAGUCAACAAAGGGAUCGAGGAACUCUUUCUUGAUAUCUGCAAAAAGAUGCUUGAAGUUGCCCAGGCAGAAGAAGCAGCAAGAGAUGGUGAUUCUACUCGAACUAGCAGUGCAAGGCGAGGGAUACAGAUUAUUGAUGACGAGCCAGAGCCAUUAAGCAGUGGAGGCUGCUGCUCGUAAACCACACCUGGCCAUAGGGCAGAGAAUGAGACUGCACUGAGUUGUGGAGCACUGGACAUGAGUCUCUUAUUAACAAUAGUGACAGAACUAACCAACUGAUUGGAGAUGGCAGUUAAGAUGCUACAGGUGUGUCCAUGCUGGGCUGUUGACGACGAAAGAAUAUCUAUCGCUUUACGUGGCUGAAAAGCUACAAUUAUUUACACAAGAUGUUCUGGUAGAAAGAUUACUUCUGCAGGACUUCAAAGGAAAAAAACAGUGGUUGUUUUAGGAAUCGGGUCAAAUGAUGGAAGAAACCAGAUGUGUAGCCAGCGUAUGUUCAGGAUUUAUGACGCUAUGGUCAGAAGAUUACAUCUUGUCAGUGUGUGUGGUGUGAAAUUCCAACAGUGUUGGGGCUUUAAUUCAAUAUAAUCCUUUAACUGAUUGUCCUUGACAAGGAUUGCAGGUAGCACAUGCUAGGUGUUCUUGAUGAUUUGUGGUGCUUCUCAACUAAUUGUGCUGAGCCCAUCAGAAGCGGGUGAGGCGAGUUGGCUAGCUCAAUGCAUGCCUUGUCGACACAGUGGGUGCUGCACUUGAACGGCUACUCGCUUGUGCACACAUGAGAGCUUAUUUUUUUCAAUUGCACUUUAAUUUAUUGCACUUCUACAUGUGCAGCCUUUUGGACAGGGUUGCUUCUUGAGUUCGUGCCAUUAAGUUUGACUGUUUCUUUGGUGUUAAAAUAGCUUGCACUGUUUUAUAAGAGGUACACGCACCAUUAACCACAAUAUAUAGUGUUGACUUCAUUUAACAAGUGUUAUCAAAGUUCUGUUUAGAUUUCCCCAUCUUCUAUCAGUAGACUCUCAAAUAGCUGGCCCAGUCUCUAGAUAUGUUAAAAAAUAUCCAAUAUUAUUUUAAGUUAGCAAAAAAUCUCCACUCCAUUAAUCACAUUACUGCAAAAAUACAUUGGACACUACAGUGGAUAAAAAUGCUGAGGAAACUCAGGUGAGGCAGCAUCUAUGGAGCGAAGGAAUAGGUGACAUUUCGGGUGGAGACCCUUCUUCAGCAUUUUUAUCUGCCUUUGAUUUUCCCAGCAUCUGCAGUUCUUUAAAAGUUUGGACACUGCAGUGAUUCUUGGAACUUGUAUAAAGGCCAUGUUAGGGCAUAUAGGAUCAAAAUAAAACUUUUGUGCACAAUGUAACCAAAGUUGUACUGAUAUUUUCUAUGUUUAAGAAAGAACUGCAAAUGCUGGAAAAAAUUGAAUGGAGACAAAAACGCUGGAGAAACUCAGCGGGUGAGGCAGCAUCUAUGGAGAGAAGGAAUUGGCGAUGUUUCGGAUCGAGACCCUUCUCUCCAUAGAUGCUGUCUCACCCGCUGAGUUUCUCCAGAGUUUUUUGUCUACCUGAUGUUUUCUAUAUUUGUUUAAUGUAUUUAUUGGCCCACCAUGUGCAGUGAUAAAAUGACGAGUUCUUUGCUGUGUAUCUUGAACUAUAAUUUUGGCCAUGUUUAUUCAAAAUGGAAAUGUAACCUAACUUCAGGCAUUUUUUUUUAUUUUAAUUUUGUUAUUGGGCUAAUUCUUUGUCUAAAUUUCUCCUGUCACAUUAAAAUAAAAUGAUUAGCUUUUAAAUUCC